AUGGGAACGACGGUGGCGAGUCUAGCGCCCGGUCUGUCACGGAAGCUAAAGAAGGUUCUUGAAUCGAGUAUAGACACGCCUGAUCUCUUGUCUUCGCUCAACACGCUCUCUUCCUUCUAUGACGAGAACACUCCUCAGGCGCGUCGCAACCUUCGAUCUACCAUUGAGAAACGCGCCCUUUCCAUCAACCGCGAAUUCCUCGACGCUUCCCACGCCGCGCAACUGGCUUUGGAUAGCGUGGAGAACGAGGUCGAUGCUCUCGCCGAAUGCUGCGACAGGAUAGCGAAGGCUUUGAAUAGUUGUAGUGCUAGCACUACUGACAUUAUCAAUACCACAGAGAGGCUCAAACAAGAGCUUGAAACUACUACACAAAGACAAGAGAUUGUAGCAUGUUUCUUACGCGAUUAUCAGCUCUCGCCUGAAGAGAUAAACGCACUUAGAGAAGAAGAGCUGAAUGAAAACUUUUUCAAGGCAUUAUCUCAUGUCCAAGAGAUUCAUGCCAAUUGCAAAGUAUUGCUGAGGACGCAUCAUCAACGUGCUGGCUUAGAGCUGAUGGACAUGAUGGCUGUUUAUCAAGAAGGAGCUUAUGAACGCCUAUGCAGGUGGGUUCAGGCCGAAUGUAGAAAAUUGGGUGACACUGACAAUCCAGAAGUUAGUGAGCUUCUGAAAACAGCUGUGCGCUACCUCAGGGAAAGAUCUGUCCUUUUCAAAUAUUGUGCAGAAGAGGUAGCCAAUAUGAGACACAAUGCACUAUUUAGAAGAUUUAUAAGUGCUCUUACACGUGGAGGACCUGGUGGAUUGCCUCGACCAAUUGAAGUUCAUGCUCAUGACCCACUACGAUAUGUCGGUGAUAUGCUAGGCUGGUUGCAUCAGGCCUUGGCAUCUGAACGUGAACUUGUAGCUGUAUUACUUGAUCCAGAUGCAAACGUCGAUUCUGGACCAAAGCAAUUCACCAACAACUCUGAGAAUGGCUCUGGGAAGACAGAAUCUGACUUGAUGUUUGUUCUUGAUAGAAUUUUUGAAGGAGUAUGCAGACCGUUUAAAUUGAGAGUUGAACAAGUUUUGCAGUCUCAACCAAGUCUUAUAGUAUCCUACAAACUCAGUAAUACACUUGAAUUUUACUGCUACACUAUCUCAGAUUUACUUGGGCAAGAAACUGCACUUUGUAAUACACUAUGGGCACUGAAAGAUGCUGCUCAGAAAACAUUUUUUGAUAUUUUAAAAGUUCGAGGAGAAAAGCUUUUGCGGUAUCCCCCACUUGUUGCUGUUGAUCUUUCCCCACCAACAGCAGUGAGGGAAGGGGUAUCUGUACUUCUUGAAAUAAUUGACACCUACAACAGCAUGAUGGUUCCUGCUUCAGGCCAAAAACCUGCUUUUGGUCCAGUUAUAUCUGCUAUACUGGAUCCAAUAAUUCAGAUGUGUGAACAAGCAGCAGAGGCACACAAGUCAAAGGGAAUCGGUCACUUAUCAAGGAGGAGUAGGACGAGUUCAGAUUCUAGUCAACAUACUAAAUCAUCAGUUGAUGCAAUCUUGUCAAAUAGUAGCUCUGCUUCAUCCUCACUGACUAGUGAAACCCCUUCAAAGAUCUUUCUCAUUAACUGCUUAUGUGCAAUUCAACAACCUCUAUCUGGAUACGAGGCUGUUGCUGAUUACGUGAAUAGACUCGGAGCAAUGAUAGAUAAUCACUUACGUGUUCUUGUGGAAAAAGAAGCCGAAGCAAUCUUGAGAAGAUGUAAUUUGUCAGAAAAGAUGCCUCUGUUGCAGAAUUCAAUCCAUAAGGAAGGGGAGAAUGAAGUGAGUACCCCAUUGGCUGAGAGGGAGGACACUAGUCCAGCCAUUCUUUCGGAGUGUUUGAAAGCUCUAUUUGGCCUUGUUUUGGGAAGUGAAAGUUCCCUGCCGGAAUUUGAGCAGAUGCAGGUUCCAAGGUUGCGUUCUGAAGCUUCUAUUGGCGUGGCCAGGUCACUGGCCGAGGCUUACGAGCUUAUCUAUAAGGCUAUUAUGGAUCCCAAAAAUGGUUAUCCUGACCCGAGGGCGUUGGCAAGGCAUCCGCCUAAUCAGAUAAGAACUAUAUUAGGAAUAUAA